ACCGCGCCGCAUUAUGGGAAAUGGAGUUUCUUUGGCCCAAAAAAGGGUCAUUGACGUUUCUUUUCUGCGAGAACUUUAACCAAUGCUCACGUGCUUUGUUUAAACACCUCGUUACUGCUAAUAUUGGUUAAAACAGUGAAAUGUAACAUCCGAGGGACUGGAAGUCCACUGGAAAAAAUUGUGACCAGUACAGUCAUCGGUAUGUACAGUCAAGACUCUUUAAACGGAACCAUAUGGCAACUUAUCUCUGAACAAAAAUACAACUCAGUAAUUUAGCUUUGCUAAGUGUACCUUCACCAUGGGAAGAGGCUACAUUGUGGAGGCUUUGGUAGAACAAUACCUGGUCAACCUCCAGACUGUGCAUGCGUCUUGUAUUAGUGGAAUCUUGAUUGGACAGUGUUCGUCUCAGAGGGACUACGUGGUGCUGGCGGCACAGACGCCACAGAAAGACUGCGGGGCAGUGCGCGGGUGCUCGCUUGGUGACCUCGAUGCUGAUUGGGUCACAGAGCACGGCCGGCAGGUUUCACGGAUGUUACCAGGAGGUUUGUCUGUUCUUGGUGUGUUUCUGAUCACGUCCCCUGACCUGUCAAAAGAGGCCCAGAAUACCCUGAGGAAGCUGGUCUAUGCUAUGGAGAAGCUUAUAUCGAUGGGACGAUUGUGGAAUCUCACUGAAGAAGAUGUAUCUGAGAGGGUGGGGCUGCACAUCUGCUCAAAGACAAAGAAAGCUGUUUGUCGCACAUUUGACGUCCGGGACCCCAAGAGUUCCGCUAGGCCUGCAGAUUGGAAAUACCAGUCUGGUGUGUCUGACUCCUGGCCGGUCUUAAAAUGCUCUGUUGAUUUGGAUUUAUAUUUUCCCUUGUCGGAAACGUCGUCAGAAAACCUGGAAAAUAGUGUGAAGAUUGGCCUUCAAAAAUGGGCAAAGCAAAUGGAGUCUAGUGUUUGUCUCAUUAACGGAAAGCAUUCGGAUAGUGACGCUGAAUUGUUGACGGGGCUGAGAAAGAAUGCCAAGGGGCACCAUCCGAAUUUUCGCGUUCAGAUUAUGCUCCCUAUGAUGAGCUCCGCCCUGGGGGAGCAGCGGAGCAGUGCGGCCGCGGAGGCAUGCGGCGGCUCCCUGACUCUGGCAGGGGUCCUGCAAUGCAGAGCCUACCUUCACAGCCACAAGCUGAAGGCCAGACAGGCUGCUGAGGCCAUUAAAAGGGAUAUAAUGAACACGCUGUCCAGCAGAACUGAGAUGUUCUUUGAAGAUCUCCUCAUUAAUGAGGGAGAUGGUGGCAAAGGGAAAAUGGCAUCACAGCAGCCUCUUCCACAGCGGGUGUUUGCCCCCUUGCCAGGCACCAGUCUCAGCCUGUGUGACUACAUGUUCCCCGAUGAGGGUGCAGCAGAAGUGGGAGAACGCUUCAAGGAGAUGCUGGACUUUGACAUCCCAGAAGAGCAAAUAGAUAUGACCCAGGAGGUCAUAACUGUUAAUUCAGAAGUCGUUUUGGAGGAAAAGCUGGCCGACGCACUGCAGGCUCAGGCUGUGUCUCCCGCGAUCCAGAAGGUGGCGCACCGCUAUGUCGGUGUUGCGCUGGCUGCCGGAAUCGCUGUCCUUGCAUCAGCUGCAUCGCUUCUCUACCUGAACGACUGAGUGCAAGAGGAGUUCACUGAGUGCACUCAGGCACACUGCAAGGUGUGAGCAACAGUUAAUGAGCGCAAUCUGAUUUCGCAUCCGUCAAAGUCAAAUCGCUAUAUGGACACUUCCCUCACAUCAAAAGAAAUUACAAUUCUUGUCACUGAUAUUGGUUCUUGUGUUAUUUUUGUUGUUUGUUGCAUCAUCUUUUAUUGGUCGGUUUAGUAAUUUCAUCUUCAGGCAGAGAAUCCUGCUAAGUAUACAGAAUUUCCCAGGAAGAAAUACAGGUAACAGCUGUAAGAAAUGUAUGAGUGGAUUCCCUCUGCCUUUCUCCCUCCCUCGGUCCCUCCGCCCUUCCAGCAAUACCCCAGGUUCAUCUUCUCAAACGUAUUACCACAUGCAGUCACAGUCACCCUUAACUCAGACCUGGUAUCGUUUCCGAGAAAAAACUCAGACACAAGAAAUCGCUAAGUUUUAGGGCUGAGCAAUUAAAUUAAUUCAUGUCAGGAGGAGGUUUUUUUUUUUUUUGUGAACCAUUUACAGGGCAAAACAUAAAACUGUUUCUUGAUUUAAAGAAAGCAGACGUGCUGCUUUAGUCGAAGCACAACCCUGACAACUGCCUGUCAGAUGUCUGUGGCGGCGUUUCCCCUCUGGGCUGCCCCAGUGUCACUUUGUGGUCAUGCAGUGAGAUGCAUGUGCGUGUAAGGGGCACGAACGCCAGGGCGUGAAAUCACAGACGUAGCUGGGAGCUUGCAGUGACUCAGUGAUGGGAGGGGUGAGCGCAGAUUAUGCCCGGACAUGUUCUAGAUGAAGGGCCCGGCACACGAAACCGUGGGCGUCGCGCACUUCCUGAGGUCGAAACUCCUGCGGGCUGACAUGAGGGAGGCCGACACGUGUGACCCGCAGCGCAGCAACGCAGCCCAGCAACGCAGCCCAGCAACACUUUCCCCUCCCCCCGCCUGCCUACUUUUGGGAUGACACAAGUUCUCAGGUGGUGUCGGCUGACUUUUGAAAAACGAACUCAAAUCCUUUUCUUUCUUUCUAGUAAUCAAUUAAAUAAUCAUUAAAUUUUGAGUAUUAUUUAUGCAAGUUAUCAUUUUCUAAGAAGUGUUUUCCAGAAUGUUUUGGAAUUAUGGAAUUUCAAAUUUUUCAUUUAAGCCAGUUUACAUCUGAGGGGUUUGAGUACUCAUACAACUCUGGUAUUUUAUUCGGACUGCACAUUGUCAAUCUUAGAGUUUCAUAAUUUUUUUUCCAGGACGUCAGUUUUCCCUGAUUUACAGAUUACUUGACCCACCAGUGGCUGCGAAUUGAGUGAAACUGAAUGUAGAGAGAAACAUUCAUCCUUACUCUGUAGAUGACGGUCAACCAGGGUGACAGAAAACACAAAGCUUAUUCAUACAUUUCUGCACAUACACCAAACCACAUCAGUGAUUUGAUUGGCAGAGUUGAAAUUUGAUGUGCCCAGGAAGGUGUGAUGUCAAUUUGUAUGGUGUAUGUACAUUCAGGUUCAGGGGCCAGUUACGGUAUUUUUGCAUUCACAUUCAGGGGUCAGUCACCUUAAGAGUGAAUAACACCUGUGUUCAGUUUAGGCACUGACUAUCAUAUGGGCUGUCUAAUUUUGUAAUCACAUGUUUUCAUUUUACUGCUUGUUAUGUUAUUCUUGGUUAUAGGCUGUAUUUCUAGAUUAAGUAGGGUUUAGGUUUUGCACACCCCUCUGAAAUAAUGGUUUGCACCUGCAACUGGAGUUUACUUGCAUGGGCCAGGUCCAGCCCACACUCCGAACAGGGCCGCAGAGGUCACAGAUAUAAACAGACCAUCACGUUUCAGCACGUGCUGUCUUGGAAUUUAGUUAUCAAGAUGGAAUCUGUGUCGAAUGAACAUGUCGUUUAUGUCACAUUAAAACUCUUCUUAAUAUUAUAAUGAACCUGGGCCCGAAUUCACAAAGCAUUUUGUCUUACCACUCCUAAAUCGCACUAAAAGUUUUUAACAGUGUUUUCCUAAAACCUGUUAGGAAGCAACCCAACUCCUAAUCUAAGAGUGAGACUCUGUCGCUUAGGCUGACAUCAGUUCUUAUGCAUGGGCUUGCCUGCAAUAACCACAGGGAUUGGGGGAUUGUGUGCUGGUGAAAAUGUAUGCGCAACUUCCCAUAAAAACAAAUACAGUGGAAACCGCUUAUAGUGAUCAUCAAAAAGCUUGGGAUAGAAUCAUUCAUGUACAAAUUUUGUUUAAUUUAUUCACUUAUAGUAAUCAAGUAGCCCACUUACAGUGUUCAUUUUUGGUCUUUUUUAACAUUACAACAUAUGGAAUAAAAUACUAGGAGUCCUACAUAAUAACUGACAUGCCCGUUAUUUUUUAGUAGUUUCUCCUAAAUGGGCAUGUUAGGACCUACUUUUAGCCUUAAGAUGCUUUGUGAAUACAGGUCCUGAACUAUAUCUGUAAAUGCCUUAAUAAUUUUCCAGGAGUUUCAUAUAGUUUGUUUCCUCAUUGGUGCAUUUUUUUUUGUUUGUUUGCCACAUACCCUUGUCAAACGCCUUGGGGCAAUUCUGUUGUGAAUGGCGCUAUAAAAAAAAUAAACUGAAUUGAAUAAA